AUGGGCAAUGCGUUGGUCAUCGAUCCUUCCGCCUGCUUCCGCCGCGCCUCCACCGUGAAGCUGAUCGCCUACGGCGGCGACACCAGGAUCAUCACCGGAAGGCAUCUCGCCGGCGAGAUCAUGUUCGAGUUCCCCGACCGCAUGAUCUGCCACGCCGACUCAUUCUUCAUCGGCCGCCCGAUUCCUUCCCUCGCCAUCGCCGACGAGCUCCUCGCCGGCGAAACCUACUUCCUUCUCCCCCUCGACUCCUUCGGCGGCGGCGGCGGCGUCCUCUCCACCUCCGGUCUAGCGGCGCUCGGAUCCGACCCGAUAAAGAACCGGGUCGGACCGCCCACUUCCGCCUUCAAGGAAUGCCCGUUCGAGUACACGAAAGGAUCCGACGGCCGGAUUUUGAUCAAGGUUGCUCCCGCCUUCAUCGAACGGUUGAUCGGUAGGAAUAACAGCGGCGGCGGCGGCGACGGCGGAUUUCUGUGCAGCACGCCGGAAUUGCAGAAGCAUUACAAUCAACUGGUGGGAAGUCGAGAUCAGAUGUGGUCGCCGGGACUUGAGACGAUUUCUGAGUACAAAAUUAGGGUUUCUCCCUGCAGAUAUUUGGGGCUGCAGUGGAAACAAAAGGAAGGUUAA